GUCGUGAAAACAGAAAGAGGAAGUAUUUUACAGAAGUGAUUUAUAUUUCAAGUUACAGUCUGUUGUAAAUAUUUUGAUAUCUGCAGUGGAAUAAUUUGUACUAUAGAUCGGAACUUUUAGAUGCUUUUAAAAUGUUAAAUAAUUGGAUAGUCAGUUAGUCAAAAUGUUGAAAAAAGGAUUGAAUUCAAAAUGGAGGAUAAUAACAGCUAGGGUUUAUCAAACUGUGACACAGAUUUGUUCUUAGUUGCUCAACAUAUUUAUUUUUAAAAAAUGGAGGACGAGGACAGGAAUAACACUCAUAGUGAGAAUGCAGUUAACAAUUUAGUAACGGAAAACAGCGGUACAGACACAGAUGCAGUUACUCAAACAAACAAUCAAGUUGCACAGAUUUCAGAUGAUCCUCCCCCAUAUGAUGAAAUUUACAAUCUUCACUGGCGAAAGGGUGCGUUGGAAAGUAACCUAAAGAUAAUCCUUCCUGGCGGAAAAUCGACCACACACGAUAAAGUAAGCUAUGUACUCCCGAACAAGGAGAAUUCAGUUCCUGGAAAUGUGAUACAGUCGGAUGAAAGUACCGAAGAUAUAUUCGAGUCAAGAUUUCAAGCAUUGGAGCAAACGGUAACAGAGACAAGACAAGUAGCGGGUGAAACACACAGCCUACAGCAAUCAAUAUGUGAACGGAUGGCAUCUAUUGAACAACAUAUACGGGAAAGACAGGUAUUCCUUGAGCUUUACAAUAUUAAGAAAAUAGCACGGAAAUGCACGGUUAUUUUUCAACAUUUCCAUCUGUUGAUCUCAAAAUUCAUUUUGAUUGCUUGCUGUUUUAGCCAGAGAAAAAAAGGAUAAUUCUGAUAAUUCUAACACAAUCCGCAGCAAUUUCUAUAAUUUCAAAGAGCAAACCGCAUAUACAUACAUCGAAAAAAAUAGCUGUUCCGUUUCACCCUACGAUUGUAAUAUAAGAGAUUCUACUCUUCUUCCAUUUAUAUGCCGUUUAUUUACUCAUUUUUUUCCAGUGCUAAAUGGUAGUAAUAAACAAUACAUAUUUUUUUGUGAGAAAAACAAUAUCUAUUUAUUAUUUAGAAGUAAUUUUCUCCUUGAGAAAAUUUUGCCAGUCCAUCAUAGGCGUACCACUAAGUUGCCUGUUAAACAUCAGUGUCAUAUUUCAUAAUGUCUCCGGUGCAAUUAAGGACGCUCGCUACAGUUUCGUAAUUUUUUUCUCAAUAAUAGAUUUUGAUGAAAUAUUUUGUAUUAAAAGAUCAUGUUAAGAUAUAUUAAAAAAAUGAAAUAAAAAUACUAGGUCACCAGCUUUAUUUCAAUUUAAUUUGCCCCUAGAUAUGGUGCUAUUUUAAACAUUUUUCAAAAUUUCUGUAAUCCUAAAAUAUCUUUCAGUAAAGUACAAUAAUCAGCAUAAAUAUGAUUAUCUAAGCAUUUUUAUAACGGAAAACAAUAUAUCUAUUUGAAACAUGCUCAGAGAAAUCAAAAGAACAUGAUUUUGUAAAGAAAGGAAUACUUGUUCAGCAGACACAAGGGCUAUUUUUGCAUAUUUUUGUCAGUUUUAAGUUGGUACUUCUGCUAUUUUAUCGAGUUUCACAUAAUAGAAUUUAAUCAAACUCUGUACAUACCUUUGGUUAUGUCUACCUUAUCUAAAACAAAAAGAAAAUUGAUAGGUCAC